AUGCCAAUUGGUGGGAAACGUUUAAACUGGCAGGGAAAGCAGGUAGCUGAGUGCAGCGAGCAGUGUACACAGGGAUCACAGGUUACAUCUGGGAUUUUGUGAUGAAUGCCUAAUGAGCAUGUUGAUUAGACGGGCAGAACUCUCCAGGCUGUUGUAAAUGUAGCUGAAGGAAGCGUGGCUGAUAAGACACCGAAUAACCGCUCUCAUAAAGCUUUUUUUUGGCACUGCAAUAUUUAAAAUCCAGAAAGAUAAUGGAGAGAAAACAGGACAGUAAAAUGAAAAGGGAACUGUCCUACUUAGCUACUUUAAACGACAGAAACAUAACCCUGAUGUCUAUUCGUAAGCAGCAGGCAGCUCAUGAUGUGCCUGAACUACUGAUUAUUGGUGAAAAGUCCAAGACUGGAUCUCCAGUAAAAGCAAGCAGUAACUUGCAGAAAGAAGAGAAACUUUUGCAGAGUUACUCCAUGGGAAUGCCAGAAGUCAAUACAGUUGAAAGACAGGCUUUGUCAAACAUUGAUUCUCCUCCUGGCUGUGAGCUGGAGCCUACAAUGAAACAUAAUUUUGCUUUUGACAACAUGGGCUACGAGGAGAGCUUUGAAACCACUCCAUCUUCCCAAGAACGUACUGUGACAAUCAACAUUGUGGGAAUGACUUGCCAAUCAUGUGUGCAGGCAAUAGAAGGCCGGAUUUCCAAGGUGAAGGGCAUUGUGAGUAUUAAAGUCUCCCGUGAACAGAACAAUGCUGUUAUCAAGUAUCUGCAGUUGGAAAUAAGUCCGGAUCAGAUUUGCCUGGAAAUUCAGGAUAUGGGCUUUGAUGCCAACAUAGCAGAAGAGAAGUUGACAACAGCAACCAUAAAUCUGUCGAGCUUGAAAGAAGCAGUAGUUAAGCUUCGCGUAGAAGGCAUGACAUGCCAGUCCUGUGUCACCAGCAUUGAAGGAAAGAUUAGGAAACUGCAUGGUGUAGCAAAAAUCAAGGUGUCACUUGGUAACCAGGAAGCAAUUAUUGCUUACUAUCCUUACAUCAUUCACCCUGAUGACCUCAAGAGACACAUCAAUAACCUGGGGUAUGACUGCACUAUUAAAAGUAAAUCAGCCCCUUUGAAGCUGGGUGUCCUUGAUCUCCAGCGCUUGCAGAAUGCAAACCCCGAGAAGACACCAGCAAGUUUUGAGGGUGAUGUGUUGGAUCCACUGGUUGCUGAGAUGAGCAGCACAGCUACGGUGACUGUACAGAUAGAAGGCAUGCACUGCAAGUCCUGUGUCAGAAACAUUGAAGGAAAUAUAUCAGCUAUUCCUGGAAUAAAAAGUAUUAAAGUGUCUUUGGAGCAAAAAUGUGCUGUGGUAGAGUAUAGCCCAAAUUUAAUCACCCUGUCAGCUCUGCAGCAAGCUAUUGAAUCCCUUCCACCUGGAAACUUUAAAGUAUGUCUCCUUAGUGGUUCAGAAGCAAAUAAAGGAGCAUCUCCAUCACCUGCUUUCACAGGUGAUCUCAUCAAACAGCCACUGCAAGACCCGAUGUGCAUGGUUGUUAUUAAGAUUGAUGGCAUGACCUGCAAUUCUUGUGCACAGUCCAUAGAAGGGACCAUAUCAGAGAGACAAGGAGUGCAACAGGUAGCAGUUUCUCUAGCUGGCAGUACUGGAACCAUACAUUAUGAUCCAGCUGUCACUAACGGCGAAGAGUUAAGAGCUGCCAUAGAAGACAUGGGAUUUGAUGCUUCAGUGCUGACAGUGUUUGUUCGGUGUAUUUGUGUAUUUAUUCAAGAUACCUCCACUGCAGAACAUAGGCACCAGCCUAAUGCCAGCAAAGCUGCGGUGCAGCCUCGAGCUCCAGAGCCUCCUCACCAAGGCUGUGUCUUGGAUGCUCUUCCAGACAGUCAUCACCUGGAUGAGUCAAACCAGCCCAGUGGAGCAACAGCUGAAAAGUGUUUUUUGCAAAUCACAGGCAUGACCUGUGCAUCAUGUGUGUCUACCAUCGAAAGAAAUCUGCAGAAAGAAGACGGAAUUGUUUCAGUGUUGGUAGCGCUGAUGGCAGGUAAAGCAGAGAUAAAAUACAAACCAGAAUUCAUACAGCCUUUUGAAAUAGCACAGCUGAUCCAGAAUUUGGGUUUUGAAGCUACCAUCAUAGAAGAUCAUGCAGAAACAGAAGGGCAUGUGGAUCUUCUUAUUACAGGGAUGACUUGUGCUUCUUGUGUUCACAAUAUUGAAUCCAAACUCAUGAGAACAAAUGGCAUAUUUUAUGCCUCAGUUGCACUUGCAACUUGCAAAGCUCACAUCCAGUUUGAUCCUGAAAUUAUUGGACCUCGAGAUAUUAUAAAAAUAAUCAAGGAAAUUGGCUUUCAUGCUUCUGUGGCUAGAAGAGAUCCAAAUGCACAUAACCUGGAUCAUAAAAAGGAAAUACAGCAGUGGAAGAAAUCUUUUUUGUGCAGCCUACUGUUUGGUAUCCCUGUCUUAAUCAUAAUGAUUUAUAUGCAAAUACCCAAUGGUGAGCACCAUGGGUCUACGGUGCUGGAACGGAACCUCAUUCCUGGAUUAUCUAUUUUGAAUCUUCUCUUCUUUAUCCUGUGCACUUUUGUUCAGUUUCUUGGCGGAUGGUAUUUUUAUGUACAAGCUUACAAAUCGCUGAGGCACAGGAUGGCCAACAUGGAUGUGCUCAUCGUACUGGCCACGACGAUUGCUUAUGUGUAUUCCUGUGUGAUCCUGAUAGUGGCAAUAAUAGAAAAGGCAGAGGAAAGCCCUAUUACUUUCUUUGACACUCCUCCGAUGUUGUUUGUGUUCAUUGCACUUGGCAGAUGGCUGGAACACAUAGCAAAGAGUAAGACCUCGGAAGCUCUUGCUAAACUUAUGUCUCUUCAAGCCACAGAAGCCACUGUGGUGACUCUUGGACCUGACCACUCUAUUGUCAGGGAGGAACAGGUAGCUGUUGAACUGGUUCAAAGGGGUGAUAUCAUAAAAGUUGUUCCCGGUGGAAAAUUCCCAGUGGAUGGAAAGGUCAUUGAAGGCAAUUCUAUGGCAGAUGAGUCUCUCAUUACUGGGGAACCUAUGCCAGUCACUAAAAAACCUGGGAGCACAGUGAUUGCUGGUUCUAUAAAUGCACAUGGCUCAGUUCUUGUUAAUGCUACUCAUGUUGGUAGUGAUACCACUCUGGCACAGAUUGUGAAAUUGGUGGAAGAAGCUCAAAUGUCAAAGGCACCCAUCCAGCAACUGGCAGAUAAGUUUAGUGGAUACUUUGUUCCAUUUAUCAUCAUCAUUUCAACAGUGACAUUGAUAGUAUGGAUCACAAUUGGUUUUAUAAAUGUUGAUGUUAUUAAAAAAUAUUUUCCUAAUCAGAGCAAACACAUUUCAAAAGCUGAACUAAUAGUGAGGUUUGCAUUUCAAACCUCAAUCACUGUGCUGAGCAUUGCAUGCCCUUGCUCUUUAGGCCUGGCUACCCCCACAGCUGUAAUGGUGGGCACAGGAGUGGCUGCACAGAAUGGUAUUCUCAUCAAAGGUGGAAAACCCCUGGAAAUGGCACACAAGAUCAAGACUGUAAUGUUUGAUAAAACUGGGACCAUCACCUAUGGAGUUCCUAAAGUCAUGAGGGUGCUUUUGUUGGGAGACACAGCUGUGAUCUCCCUGAAGAAGGUACUGGCGGUUAUUGGCACUGCAGAAGCCAGCAGUGAGCAUCCUUUAGGAGUGGCAGUCACUAAAUAUUGCAAAGAGGAGCUUGGCACUCAGAGUCUGGGAUACUGCACCGACUUCCAGGCAGUGCCAGGCUGUGGUAUCAGCUGCAAAGUCGGAGGAGUUGAGGCCAUCCUCGGCACAGCCAAUCAGGGUCUCGAUAAUCUGGAUGCUAACAGGAGUGGGGACAACAGGGCUCCUCUGGGAGAUAACACGGUGAUCACGCUCUUGGAAUCACAUGGUCGAUCACCAUCUCAUAUAUACUCAGUGUUGAUCGGAAAUCGUGAGUGGAUGCGACGCAAUGGCUUGAAUAUUGCAAAUGAUGUGAAUGAUGCAAUGACAGACCAUGAAACGAAAGGACAGACUGCCGUACUAGUGGCUAUAGAUGGUGUGUUGUGUGGAAUGAUUGCAAUAGCAGACACUGUCAAGCAGGAGGCAGCCCUUGCUGUGCAUACACUGAAAAGCAUGGGAAUAGAUGUGGUGCUGAUAACAGGGGACAACAGAAAAACUGCAAAAGCCAUUGCUACUCAGGUUGGGAUCAAAAAAGUGUUUGCCGAGGUUCUUCCUUCUCACAAGGUUGCCAAGGUCCAGGAACUCCAAAAUGGGAGGAGGAAGGUUGCAAUGGUUGGUGAUGGAGUCAAUGAUUCCCCUGCACUAGCCAGGGCUGACGUUGGAAUUGCAAUUGGAACAGGCACCGAUGUUGCCAUUGAAGCAGCAGAUGUUGUUCUUAUCCGAAAUGACUUGCUGGAUGUAGUUGCCAGUAUUCAUUUAUCGAAGAGAACAGUUCGAAGAAUACGAAUAAAUCUAAUACUUGCCUUAAUUUAUAAUCUGCUUGGAAUACCCAUAGCAGCAGGUGUGUUCAUGCCUGUUGGCCUUGUGCUUGAGCCUUGGAUGGGAUCAGCUGCAAUGGCAGCUUCUUCUAUGUCUGUCCUGCUGUCUUCCCUGCAGCUGAAAUGUUACAAGAAGCCAGACACAGAAAGUUAUGAAGCUCGAGCUCAAGGCCACAUGAAGCCACUCACUCCUUCUCAAAUCAGUGUUCAUAUUGGAAUGGAUGAUAGAAGAAGGGAUUCUUCCAGACUGGCUCCUUGGGAUCAGAUUAGCCAAGUGUCUUUCUCUUCCUUGGCUUCAGACAAACUGCCGAGACAUAAUGGUUUUGUUGAGGAGGAAGGGGGAAAGUUGUCAUUGCUCAUGAAUGGAGGAGAUGAGGAACACUACAUCUGAAGCAGUGCAUUCUUAGUACAGAGAAAUGGUUCUCUUCACCAGUGAUGGGAGGGAUUAACUUGUUUCAUCAAGAGCUUCAAGGUUGUAAAUGAAGUUACUCCUUCAGCUCAUAAGACAAUUGCAACCCAGCUCAAUGUUGGGUUGUACAGAUGGUGGAUUUUUUUCAGGUCACCAGUUAUUUCUAGUUAUGGAAAUAAUCUGUGGCUCUAUGAACUGGCUUCUUUGCAUACAGCAGUUAGUAAAAUAAUGUAAAAUUGUAAUUUUCAGAGUCUAAAAGUAUUUCUUUCUCUGUGACUCUUUGCUAGGCACCAAAUUUCAUAAUUUUCACUCUUUCUAACUUUAUUCUUUCAAGAGCACGUGAAGCAAAAGUAUUUUCAGAGCUACCAAAUAUUAAUGUGUUUCUGAGUGAAAUUAGCAAUGACAUAGGAAUCUCUGUGGUCUGAAGUUGAAUUUUUACACAGAAUCCUAACUAGUCAUGUCACUGUGAGAACACUUUGCAUUUAGGAUUCAUGUAUGUCUCCUUGGACCAAAAAUGCUUUGUUAUUUCACUGGCUAUAACUCUCUGAAGGGUCUGUUUCAAAGAUUUUCACUUGUUUUCAGGUUUUGCAUCCUUUUGAUGCACAUUUCCAUUGCUAAACUUGUUCUGUGAUUCGCACUGCUGUCCUAGAUUUUCUCUUUUGCUCAAUAUGAGCCCUUUUUUCUCCUUUCCUUGCACAAGAUAUCUUCUAUAGUUACUAUUAUGUAUACAGAUAUUCCUGUUUGGGACAAAUUCCUUUAAGUCACCAGGAACUUUUCCAUUCCUAUUGAAGUCCACAAAGGCAGAAAAAUUCCUAGUCCAAGUUAUCCAAGAUACUUACAGGACCCUAGGAAGCUCCUGACAGUUGGGCAGUUAUCUGUCUCUUUCCUCUGACAGAUUGAAGAAUUUAUGCCAGUGUGAGCAAAAUUGGUAUUUACCAUGUUAUGACUGAGAGCAGAACUAUCACUGGUGGGACUCCAGCAUAGCAGAACAGAGCGAGUUUAUUGCAUAAGUUAACCCCAUUUUAAGCUGGUUGCUUAAAAUGGAGUCCAAAGUUUAAAUGAUAAAUGUGGAAAAAUGGCCUUAAAAUGUGGGGCUUCUAUUUGCUGUCACAUCUAAACAAAUGACAGGAGGACUUGAACUAAGAAGAUUUGUAAUAGCAAAUGUAAAUUUGUAUUCGUGUUUUGAAUUGGUUUUAGUUUCCUUCUUUGCUCUAUUUUAUUGAGAAAUCAAGGUGCUGAACAACACUUUUUUUUUGCCUUAACAUCUUUUCCAAAGCUUGCAGUAACUUUAUCCCCGUAAAUGUCAAAUUUAUCCCUUAACACUUUUUAGAGUCAAGACAGUAGGAAUCAAUGGCUUUGGUGCACUGGAUCCAGUCCUGGAGUGCUGUGUUGUCCAACUGUGGGACUCCAAUGUAAGCAGACCACAGUUUUAUAAUCUAAAAUAAAAACUGAAAGAAGAGGAAAUGUUAUGCUAAACUAUGUGAAAUAACCACUUACUUUCAUUGACUUAAAUAUAAAGCUGUUUCCAACGCAGGUUCAAAUCCUGCUUCUUCUAAUGUAAAAAUGAAAAACAAGUAAGAGGGGAAAAGAAUUGUGCUUGAAACAUUGGCCAGGUCUUCCUAUUCUCUCUUCCUCUCAGUAUUGUAUUUGAACUGUCCUUAGCAAACAUUGACAGAACUGUCUUAUAUAUGAUUAUAAAUCAGUUUUAAAACUCUCUAUAAAUAGAGAUUACUUUCACAGCACACACACUUUUCAAAUAUGCCAUAGGUGCCUAUACAUUUCCCUGUGGGAAAGAGGAUCUGCUAUUUCACUGUUCUGUGUUUUCUUACCAGUCCUUAUGGUAAAAAUAUGGUUUGUUUUUUUUUUAACAAACAAACAAAUAAAUAACUUUGUGUCUUUGUUUUUCUUUUUUCUUUGUUGUCUUUUUUCCUUUUCCUUUUUCUUUUCCUUUUUCUUUUUUUUCAGGGAUACGGAAUAAAAAAAAGAGCAUAAGCAGUGAUUGUUGGAUUGCAGGAUACAUAUGCACAAGGUUUUG